AUGAUAACAUCAUCAUUAUCAGAAGGUAGAAAUUUUAACAAUAAAAAAUACAAAAUUUUACCUAAUGGAAGACGUAUUUAUUUUCUUUAUCGUCCAGGCGUAUCAAUACCUUUUAUAGCAAAUGCACCUACAAAUGAUGAUGUUUCGAUUCCUAAUUAUAUAAAAAAUCAAAAUCAAAAUAUUGUUGUAAAAAAAGAGCAUCAUUUUUCUCAUCUACUUAGACAGCCAAUUAUGAGUAUGUCACAAUGGUGGAAUUUUGAAAGUGAUAAUCGUUACCGAAAACCUUAA